CCCGAGUUUCUUCUCCCGAAUCGUCAAUUGAUCUCUGAUUGACUUGAAACUUGCGCCUAUGCUUCACUUUAUGUGCUAGGACCUGAAAUGUGACAAAGGAACACAACCUAGCUUAAAAUAUGCCAAAGACGUAAUAAUUCAAGCUCAAACAAUCAAGAAACAAAGGGGAAAACAUGUGCAAAUACCGAGUCAUCAUCUAUCAAAGACCCAAACUUCAAGAAAUUUGUGAAUCUCUUCAAGCAACAUCAUAUCAACAUACCGUUGGCAGAGGCACUUGAACAGAUGCCUACAUAUGCUAAAUUUUUAAGGGAGUUGCUGACGAAGAAGCGCAAAUGGGCUGAUCUAGAUAAGGAAACCCUUAUUUCUGAAUGUAGUGCUGUGAUUCAGAAUAAAUUACCAGAAAAGAAGGAUGAUCCGGGCAGCUUCACCAUUCCAUGUGUCAUUGGAGGUACAGAAUUCAAUAAAUCACUUUGUGAUCUUGGAGAAGGAAUUAAUUUGAUGCCAUACUCAGUCUACAAGAAAUUGGGAUUGGGAGAUGUUCUUAAGCCUACUCGGAUCACUCUCCAAUUGGCCGAUCGAUCAGUGAAAAUUCCAAAGGGAGUGGUGGAGAAUGUAUUGGUGAAGGUGGGGAAGUUUAUUCUCCCUACAGAUUUUGUGAUUCUGGAGAUGGAAGAAGAUCAGGGAGUGCCUCUCAUUCUUGGGAGACCUUUUCUAGCAACUGGAGAUGCACUCAUCGAUGUUGGGAGAGGCAAACUGACAUUCCGAGUAGUUAAGGAGGAGGAAAUUUUUAAUGUCUUUCAAGUCGAUCAUAAUCAAGAUGCAUUUGAUGACUUUGAAAGUGGAGCUCGAGAAAGGAAAAAUCCCUUCUCCUGUGAUAGUGGACAACCUGAACAACGAUCACAUGUCCUAUCUGCUCAGAUUCUGAAAUCAAAGCAAGGACAGAUGUAAAUGACCGUGAUGCUUUGAAAAUGAGUUUGUGCAUGAAUGAAAUCAUCAAAAUCAUCCCACUAGUGUUGAAUUGCAUAGUUCUUCACAAUGAGCUUGAUGUUUUGACUGACUUGAUGUGCUUUAAAUGAGCAAACUCUUUUAGCAAAACUCUCUUUUGUGAGGAUAGUGUAAUGACUUAUGGUGAAGUGGUUAGGUGGAGAACAUUGACCAUUCCACAUGUUUGGAUACCGUGCUUACUUGCAGUUGUUGUGAGCUUUUGACUUAGCAUUGAGUCUCUAUGUUUUGAAUGUUUUAAAUGGGGUGAACUGUAUCUUUAUAAAUGAGAAAACACUACCUGACGAGUAAAAUAUAAGAAAGUUGCCAUAACAAUUAAAGUGUGGGUAAAAUACCAAAAUUGUGUGAGGCAAUCACUCAUUGCACAUGGGGAUUAGGAAGGAUUCAAUUGAGAAUCGGUUCGCGACCGUACGAUGUUGCUUAUCAAGUACGAUCCCCAGUUGAGUGAAGUGCCAUUAGAGGAUGUGCAGUGACCCUCCACACGGACCGAGGAAAAGGAGUUAAAAGAAGCUCUUAUGCGAGUGCAAAGACGCAGAAAUUGUUUUUGCUCGGUCACCGGUAAAAAAAAAUCCCACUUGUACUAAAUACGACCACUCGGCAAGCAAAAUCAGAAAGAGAGAAAGCCUCUCCUUGUCAGAAAAGGUAGAGAUGUGCUUAAACUUAAAAUCUAGUUAGCGAAAGGCUUCCCCCAUUAGUUUUUUAGACUCAUGCUUUGUUAAUUGCUUAUGAUUGGUGUGAGUAAGCCAGAUUGUCCUCACGAAAUAUGCACCUCACUGAUGUGGUUAGAUUCUCCUAAUAACUGUUACACCAUAAGUUGUUAACCACCCACUACCGACGAUCUAAAUUGAGUGUUUGCUAAUUGAGUUUUUGGUGAAUUUGAGUCAGUCAAUGUUAAAGGGUUGCAAAGGCCUUGAGUGUGGGAUGAAAGGUAUGAUCAUUAAAGCACAGCUUGUCCUUUGAGAAAGAAACUAUUGAUUACAACAAGAGUACAAGGAAAAUUUUGUUUUGUUUUGAGUGGUGAGUUUGUGAUGUGUCAUUGUUUUGGAUGGUUAUGUGUUUGUGUUGUUUGAGUCGUUGCUUAGGGACAAGCAACAAUUGAGUGUGGGGUCGUGAUAAUUGGCUUUAAUAUAUCGGAUUCUUGAGCUUUAUGUGACUAUCUCAUGGUAUGUUUAAGCCGAUUGGUGCUAUUUUAGGGAGAAUUAAUCCGUAAUGGUUGAAAAGCCAUUACCAUUUUGUGUUGGAGUUUUGGUGUGUGUUUAGGUGAAAAGAUAGAUAAAAUGGCAGCCCUGGAACUUCCCAAGCAGGAGAUUACGGGAGGAAUUGGAUCCAUAUUUCUUCCACAUCAAAUCAUUGGGCUAAAGCCCAAUUGAUGGAGGGCCCCGCUAGAUUCGAUCAAAAAUUAAUGGCGGGCUAUGGAUGUUUUAGGGUCCUUGGACUUUUAAUAUUUGGGGGCAGCAAUUAAUUGAAGGGGGAAGUGUUUUGGACGGAAUAUUUUGGGAAAGAAAGGACACUAGGAAUAAUUGGAGGGGGCCGAAGAAUAAAAGGCAACAGGCGGAAUUCUCUUGGGAGGAGCGGAAAUCCUUGGAGAAAAGAAGAAUUAGCGGCGCGGAGCUGGGACGAGAAUUCUUUUUGGGCGGAGCGAGCAGCUUGUUGCGGCGAUCGAGUGCAGAGCAGCGGGAAGCAAUUAUCAGUAUUUGUUUUCUUUUGCUUUGCUUCGUAACAUGAUGAUUAUGAACAUGAUUGUUUGUUUUAUUUUCGUCAUGAACUAAACCCCGAUUUCUGGGGGAAACACCAUAGGAUGCAGCUAUUUCUAGAUUUGAUGGAUUGAUUCAUAUCUCUUUUCUUCCAAACUCUAUUGCAUUAAAUUACUUAAUGCUUU